AAUGAACGUUGUAUUCAUUGUAAUGUUUAUACUGUUGUCCAUGCAUUACGUCCAUGAUAGGUGGGAUUAUGUCAUAAUUCAACGGGAUAUAUAUAUAUAUAUAAGUCUCAGUACCGGUCAUUUAAUUCCUGUGCAUUCUAGUAAUAGGCUCAGUAAAGCACAAAUACCGGUAUAUAUUGUAAAUACGCAAGGAUACCAGUAACACAGCAGUGGCAAUUCCAGGUGGACUCGUUGCUGUGUUUUAAUUAAAAUGGAGUGUGUGGGCUGCUAAUUAAGACAUCCUUCGUGUAGGCCCCACAAACUCCAAAGACACCAUGCCGUCAAGCGCCUGCUCCACUUAUAAAGAGGUCGUCAUUGUGGGAAAUGGCCCCUCAGCAAUCAGUUUGUCUGUCUUCUUGUCGGGGUAUCGGCCAUAUUUUGCAGGAGGUACUCACUCCAAUGUGUACCUUAACGAAAAGCUUCAGAGGAUGAACCCAAAGAAAUCCAUUGUUGAGCAGGAUUUGUCCUUCUUGUCGGAGGGACUUGAAGGCCGUUCCCCCAACCCUGUGGCUCUUCUGUUUGAUGCCCUCCGCAGGCCAGAUGCUGACCUAGGGGUAGACAACCCAUCCCUACUGGAAUGGAAGUUUGAAAAAGACCAUGCUAUAGAGCAUGUGGUGUUGGGGAAAGGCAAAGCAGGGGGAGCAUGGCAGAAUAUGGAUGGUGCCAUGCAAACCUUGAGUUUUGCUAACUGGAUGGAGCUCCCCACUCUUAAUUUCAAAGAAUGGCAAAAUUCACACCACAGAGAUGAAAACCAUGCUCAUAAUGGCAGGGCAACCAUUGCAGACGUUAGAAAGUACUACAGUGACUUUGUGGAAAAACGAGGACUGGGGCCAUUUUUCAGGGACCAUCACGUAGUUACUUCUGUACAGAAGAAAUACCACAGCAAUAAAGAUGUGGACUCUGAGAAUGGAGAAGUGGAGCCAUGCAAAUGUAGAAACAAAAACCACUCCUUCCUGUGGGAGGUCAGAGGUUACCAUUUCCAUGGCGACAGUGAGCUAGACAGAGAAGAGUUCUGUUAUUGCACCCCAAAUGUUGUCAUAGCAACAGGAACCUUUGAUGUCCCAAACAGACUCUGUAUUCACGGAGAAAGCUUACCUUAUGUUCAUCACUCUCUACAAGACGUUGAACGUGUAUUAUCACAGAACCGAAAGAAGAAAUCCCAGGACCCUGUCGUCAUUGUCGGAGCUGGACUAAGUGCAGCAGACGCCAUCAUCAUGGCUCUCAAGAUGAAACGCCCCGUAGUUCACGUCUUUCGAAGAGGAGCUAAUGACUCUCAACUUAUUUUCAAAAAAUUGCCGGCAGCUAUCUAUCCAGAAUAUCACAACAUCCAUUCUUUGAUGAAAGGCAAAACCAUCAAUCCCCUGUACAAACCGUACCCCAACCACUCCUUGGUGGAACUGAAGGAGGACAAUCAUGUUCUGAUCCAGACAACUUCCGGGGGUGACAUCGUUUCUCUGGAUGCUUUCUGCAUUGCUAUUCUGAUCGGAGCAUGUCCUGACUUAUCAUUUCUUCCAUACGAUGGCAGAAAUCUUGGUGUCGUACCACGCUGUGCCAUCGACAGCAAGCACAAUCCGAUUCAUGUAGAUCCAUUUUCGUACCAGUGCGUUGCGGAAAGUGGACUUUACUCAAUGGGACCAUUGGUUGGGGAUAAUUUUGUUCGCUUUGGGAUGGGGGGCUCUUUAGGCAUUAGUAAUCAUUUGUUGCGCAUAAAAAAUAAACAUGCACAAUAGAAAAGAUCCUCAAGUGCAAUAGCUGUGAUGUAUGGUUGUGAUAACCACACUUUUAACUUAUUUUAAUAUCAGAUCUUUCUGUUUACUAACAGGGAUCUGGGCCUUAUAUACCUCAAUUGACUGAUCUGUUUUUUGUUACAUUUUUUUUUUAUUAAAAAGUUUAGAAUUUUUUAAGAAAAA